GCCGACCUGCGGCUCUGCCACAGCGUGGGCUACGACAAGAUGGUGCUGCCCAACCUGCUGGACCACGAGACCAUGGCCGAGGUGAAGCACCAGGCGAGCAGCUGGGUGCCGCUGCUCAACAAGAACUGCCAUAUGGGUACCCAGGUCUUCCUCUGCUCCCUCUUUGCCCCCGUCUGCCUGGACCGGCCGGUCUACCCCUGCCGCUGGCUCUGCGAGGCCGUCCGUGACUCCUGUGAGCCCGUCAUGCAGUUCUUUGGCUUCUUCUGGCCAGAGAUGCUCAAGUGUGACCAGUUUCCCCAGGAUGACGUCUGCAUUGCCAUGACAACUCCCAAUGCCACCGAGGUCUCCAGGCCCAAAGGCACAGGGGUGUGUGCUUUGUGCCAGUGAAGGCUGCUCAGGAGUUGUGUUGUUUUUCCCCUCUCUCUGGCUUGUUUUGCAGCUCUUAAGAUGACCAUAAAGGAAGUGAAGAAGGAGAACGGGGACAAGAUGAUCAUCCCACGGAAGAGGAAGGCACUGAAGCUGGGGCCCAUCCGGAAGAAGAACCUGAAGAAGCUGGUGCUGUUCCUGAAAAACGGGGCAGACUGUCCCUGCCAUCAGCUCGACAACCUCGGCCACUACUUCCUCAUCAUGGGCCGUCAGGUGAAGACCCAGUACCUGCUGACAGCCAUCUACAAGUGGGACAAGAAGAACAAGGAGUUCAAGAAGUUCAUGAAGAAGAUGAAGUCUCCCGACUGCCCCACGUUUCCGUCCGUGUUCAAGUGAUGUGGGAGAGCUGCUGCCCGGGCUGGGCUCGCCCCUCUGCAGCAGGGGUGCUGGGGCCAAGCCCUCCUGCUGCUCCAUCCUGCUCCUCAGAGCUCCCUCAGUGACCCCAGCCCUCCCACAUC